UCGGCCAUCCUGUGGCAGAAUCCAGAAGCCACCAUCACUCUCCUCGACAUCCCUGAAUCAAUCGCAGCUGCGCAAGAGGGCGCAGAAGCAGACUUUCCUUUGAACCUUCUCUCUUCCUCUCCUUUGCUCGCUCCCUUUACCACUAACGAACCCAAGUCGGCAGCUGCAAAGGCCACGCUGCAAGGAAAUUCAGGCGCCUCGGACGUCCACCGCGCGUACGGAGACAUCCUGCGGCAAGCACUAGAGGGUGUCAAGGCCAUACGUCCAGCGAGCUGGUGUUUGCCAAGGCCAUUCGUCAGUGAAAGACCCAGAGCAGCAAAGAAGCGUAAGCUGAAGCAUGUCUCGGAUGGCGCACCUGGCGAUCAUGAACUGGCCACAGAACCUCAGCUUCCGUCUGAUCUACUCCCUGCUUUGGCUCUCGACAAGAAGCAUGACUCGCAACAGUACACCAUGAGACUGCCUCCUUCUCGCACUAAUCAUGACAGUCGCAAGGCUACUGAUCACUCAGCCCACUUCUUCUCCAACGACACCACCCAGACCGAGCUUCUGGACGUCGAAUCUUCCGCUAGCACAUCAAUCCACCGCUUUUACGUCCCACCCAACGCCUCAUUCUUCAUAGGGGACUGUCGAGACGCUGCUUCCUUUCGCAAAGCAGUUCAAUCCCAUGCUGCAAAAACCAAGGUCCUCCCGCGGUUCGACCUAAUCAUCCUCGACCCUCCAUGGCCGAACAGAUCCAUCAAACGUACACAUCAGACCCCAGGCUCCACUUACGCCACCCUACCAUCUCUAGCCGAUAUACGUGACGCUAGCCUAGACAUGCAACUAGACAACCUCAUGACAGAAGACGGCUUUAUUGGAGUCUGGAUCACCAACAAACACUCCGUGCGUGAUCUUGUACUGGGCCCGAAUGGACUGUUCGAGAACUGGGGCGUGCAACCUGUGGAGGAGUGGAUCUGGCUGAAAGUCACUGCUCUCGGAGCUCCAGUCACGCCAAUUGAUGCUUUGUGGCGGAAGCCUUAUGAGGUGUUCCUGCUUGGUCGGAGACGUGACUUCACUGGGUCGAACGAAACCUCGCAGGUCAAGCGGAAGGUCAUCAUAGGCGUGCCGGAUCUGCACUCGCGCAAACCGUGUCUGAAAGAGCUCCUGGUGCCACUCGUUGCGAAGCAAGAGAAACACCGGGUGCUGGAAAUCUUCGCACGCUAUCUGGUGGCCGGGUGGUGCAGCUGGGGCAAUGAGUGCAUCAAAUUCAACUGGGACGGAUGCUGGAAACGGAUACUCGACGCUCAACAUGACGAAACA